AUGGAUAGUCAAGUAAAUAUAACAUAUAUAACUGUUGAUGGAUAUGUGGAAAUGCACAAAUACAGAUUUCUUUAUUUUGUGAUUUUGUUCUCAGCAUAUAUUCUGAUAAUCUGCAGUAAUUCUACUAUUGUCUAUCUGAUCUGGAUUCACCAAAACCUCCAUGAGCCGAUGUACGUUUUCAUUGCAGCUCUGUUAAUCAACUCAGUUGUUUUUAGCACUGCGAUCUACCCAAAGCUGUUUAUUGACUUUUUAUCUGAGAAGCAGAUCAUAUCUUAUUCUGCCUGUCUCUUUCAGUUUCAUGUGUUUUACUCUCUCGCUGGUUCAGAGUUCUUACUGUUGGCAGCCAUGUCUUAUGACAGGUAUGUGUCCAUCUGUAAACCUCUGCAAUAUCCAACUAUCAUGAAGAAAACAACUGUCAGUAUUUUCUUGGUUUUAGCUUGGCUUGUGCCCGCUGUUCAGAUUGCAGUGCCAGCUGUACUGAAUGCUAAUAAAAAACUCUGUAGCUUUAUUUUAAAAGGAAUUUUCUGCAAUAACACAGUUUACAAACUUCACUGUGUGAUCUCAGAAUCACAAGUUAUACGUGAUAUGAUAAUUCUGCUAAAUAUUGUACUUCUUCCGAUGCUCUUCAUCCUUUUCUCAUACACCAGGAUACUGAUAAUAUCCUAUCGAAGUAGUGGAGAAGUCAGGAGAAAAGCUGCACAGACCUGUUUACCACAUCUGAUCGUUUUAAUCAAUUUCUCCUGUUUGGGUUUUUUUGAUGUCAUUGUAAUUAGAUUAGAAUCAUAUUUUCCAAAACCUGUUAGUUUAAUAAUGACUUUGCAAGUGGUUUUGUAUAAUCCUCUUUUCAAUCCAAUCAUAUACGGACUAAAAAUGAAAGAAAUUUCUAAACACCUGAAGAAGUUGUUCUGUCCAGCCAAAAUGAAUCAAUGUCUCAACACUGAUAAGUGA